AUGGUAACGAUAAUGACGAUGAUGAUGAUGAUAUAUCACUUAUUAAUCUUCUCUAAUCGACGAUAUUUUUUGGCUAAUAUUAUUGGCAGCUAUAUAUUGCUAAUAACAACAAUACAUGAAACUGCUGCAAUUCAAGAAACAGUACCAGCUGUUCGUGUGGUACGAUUUCAGGUGGAUUAUCCCAAUGCAUCACUUGAACGUAUUCAAAAAGUACCAAAAUGGAAUGCUAUUAUGCGAAAUAGUGUCCUUGCAUCUUUACGUUUCAUCAAUAAACAUUGGCUAAUUUGUGGUGGUUCGAAAUCUGAAAAGUAUGUCGUUUUUUUAAAAGAUUAUUUUAGAAAUAUAUUAUCAAUUUAA